AUGCUUUUACAAGCAGUAAACGAAGAAAGGCGUGAACACCACAAGUGUCCCAUCAUUUUCAUCGGCCAUAGCUUUGGUGGCAUUAUUCUCAAAGAGUAUAGGGACAUAUUGGAUGAUACAAUCGGUAUCAUCUUUCUUGGAACGCCCCAUCAAGGGUCCAAUGUUUCGCAGUUUGGAGCCUUCAUAGCACGCUUGACAUGGGUAUUUGGAUCAAGCACAAUACUACUAAAAGGUCUCUACAGGGAUAACCCUCAUCUAUCCGACUUACAAGAACGAUUCAUGAGCGUUAUUCGGAGAAGAAAAGACAUUAAGCUCGUCACGAUGUAUGAGAAGCACCAUACGUACUUUGCUCAACUUAUUUAUCUAGGCUUUAUUGUCGAGAGGAAUGCUGCAGUGCUUGAUGUGGCCGAAAACAUUGCAGUUGAGAAAGAUCAUAUGGGGCUGAACAAAUGCGCCUCACCAGAUGAUCCGGCAUAUGACGCAAUUCGUCAAGGCAUCAAUAAAAUACGGGACCAUGCGGAGAGUAGAGGCUGGAAGAAAAAAUAUUUAAAUUGGUCCGAGAGGCCAAGGCUCUAG